AUGGUCAUAUCCUACAGAGACCUUUUCCUCCUCGGCCUGUCCGUGCUAGUCGCAAAUGGUGCAACCACUGCACGCGAGCCCGAAUGGGAGCAGCAUCACACGCGCAUUUGCGAAAACACGCCGGGCGUCAAGGCAUACAGCGGAUACGUGAACCUUCCAGGCAGCACCACCGAAGGUCGGCUGUACGACAUCCAUAUAUUCUUCUGGUUUUUUGAGGCCCGGAAAGACCCGUACAAGAAUGGCCCCUGUUUGGUUACGCACGACUCUAAGAACACGGUCUGGAACCCAUGGUCGCUAAUCAAUGGCACCAUCGAUGAGACGCUCCUGCCGUACGAAGUAACGCCGCUGCCUCUAUCGUCCCCGGAUCCCUUGUCCACAGCAAACACUACAGCUAUAGCCGCUCUUGCCUACAAGCCGAGGGACAAUAAGUUCAGCAUCUGGACCGAGUCAUAUGGCGGGUACUACGGCCCAGCCUUCGCCGACUUCUUUACCGUACAAACCCAGAAGAUUGCCGAUAGCCGCAUUACUAGCGGUGCCGUCCCCCUCCAGGUCGAUACUAUGGGCAUUAUCAACGGCUGCGUCGACAUCUUUACCCAGAUGCCUUCGUAUCCGCGCAUGGUAUAUAACAACACAUAUGGAGUGCGGGUGACCAAUGAGACAGAGUACGACACUGCCCCGGCCAUGUUCCCCGCAUGCCGUGAGAGCGUCGAGAGCUGCCGGGCUCACGCAGCCGAGCGGGACCCCACCGGAUUGGGCAACGUCGAGGAGGUCAACAAGGCCUGCAACGAAGCAUACCUCCUCUGCUUUGCUACGAUGUGGGGUGGGGUGCAAGAUAGGGGGAGAGACAUCUUCGACAUCACGGCCACGUACCCGUCGGCCUUCCCGCCCAAGUAUGCCGGGGGUUAUCUCAACUCGAGGGAAGCCCAGCAGGAGGUCAAGGUCGGUCUGGUGUACCGAGAUCGUGACUGUCAGUGCAACUGGUAUGGAGGCGAACAAGUCAGCCUGGCUAUCCAGUCCAAGACUCGUCAGGGUUUCCACGCCGCCGGCUAUGCCGACAUCCAGACGAACAAGACAUACACCGGUGGCCUCGUUCGACAGUACGGUAACCUCUCCUUCUCCCGCGUCUUCGGAGCCGGACAUGAAAGUAAGUUCAGCACUGCUCCACCUUACCGGAUGCAGCUCUUUUGGCUGAUCCUCUGUCUAGCCCCAUGGUACCAGCCCGAGACGGCAUACCAGAUCUUUCGAAGAGUCAUGUUCAACAAGGAUGUCGCAACUGGAGGAAUCUCGACUGCUAAGUGUCGAGGAAAGGUCUACUCCACCACUGGUCCGGGCGAUGUCUCCGGCAUCCUGAACGAACUGCCGUCCCACCCUGAGCCGGAAUGCUACUUGUGGGACAUCUUCCAGACUUGUACCCCUUUGCAGACGGAGAUGUUGCGGAAUGGCACGGCGGUUUUGAAGGACUUCAUCAUGAUCGGGUACACAUUGCCGAACGGGGCGGUUCAUUAUUACUAAACGGACUCGGAAAAGGCGAGGGGGUUUAGAGGAUGGAACGAUGGCCCGGAGAUGAUAUCAGAAAAGUUGAGGGCCUGGUCCAAAGUGUCUUGCUUCGGUACACCGGUGUGUGGUCGACAUACACUAGAGCUCGGUUGACGGGUCCGUAUUAACCUCGGUAUCUCCACCGUCGACGCUAGCACCCCGCAC